AUGUCAAACCUUGCAAAACUCGAAUUUGUUGCUCUUGAUAUUACUGGAAACAACUAUCUGUCUUGGGUGUUAGAUGCUGAAAUACAUUUAGAUGCAAAGCGACUUGGUGAUACUAUUAAAGAAAACAACACUGCAACAAGCCAAGAUAAGGCUAAAGCUAUGUUAUUCCUUCGCCAUCACCUUCAUGAAGGCCUUAAGACUAAGUACUUGACUGUUAAAGACCCACAAGUCCUUUGGAGUAAUCUAAAGGAAAGAAUUACAUCACAAUUAAAAUUAUGUGGAGAGAAAAUCACGGAUGCAGAAAUGUUAGAAAAAACAUACUCUACUUUUCAUGCAAACAAUGUUGUCCUGCAGACACAAUAUCGUGAAAAGGGUUUUACACAAUAUUCUGAAUUGAUAUCUUGUCUCCUUGUGGCCGAGCAAAAUAAUGAACUAUUAAUAAAAAAUCAUGAAUCACGCUCAACUGGCUCUACUCCAUUCCCUGAAGCAAAUGCGACAUCCCAUAGUGGGAAAGAGCAAAAGGCUAGAGAUCACGCCAGCGGUCGUGGUCGAGGCCGUGGUCGCGGCCGUGGACGUGGACAUGAUCGUGGUCGAGGUGGUCAUUUUAGGAACUCAUACUCUCACCAGAAGUGGGACAAUAAAGAUGGAAAUAAGAAUGAGAAGGAUAAAAAUGAAAAUAUAUGCUACCGUUGUGGAGCAAAAGGCCAUUGGUCUCGUGUGUUUCGCACACCAAAAUAUCUAGUAGACCUCUAUCAACAAUCAAUCAAACAGAAAGGAAAGAAAGUGGAAACAAAUUUGGUGUACGAGGAUGGCGAAGGUGAUUUUGGUUACGGUGAUACAACUCACCUGGAAACGGCUGAUUUCUUUCUUAAUCCUGAAGAAAAUAAUUGA